AUGGAGGCGUCAGGGAACAAAAAGCUGAAAUCAAUCACAGCACCUCUGACGAGGAGGUUUGCCAUGUGUUUCAACGAGUACGAUGUUCGUCUGGGACAGGAGAUGGUAAAUGAACUAAACACACAGCUCAUGUGGAUGGGAUCCGCCAUGUCCAUUGACGAACCCAAAUCACCCGGCGGGCCAUUGGGAAGUGCGCAAGAUGUUUUAAUUCAAAGCCCUGAUGUAGCGGGCGAUGAGGCUCGCGGACUCACCGUGUUCAAGAAAUUUCAGGCGCAGAUCUUGAUGGCCAACAUUGCCAGUGACGCCAGCAGCAGUCAGGAUGUAGGGCACCUUUCUUUGAAGAAAAGAGAACUUGUUUGCGGCCUAAAGAAGGCGAUAAACAAGUAUCUCCGCCGUCAUUGUGAAGGGGGGCAUCCAACAACUGACCUAUUACGCGAGCGCAUCUAUGCGGCACUCGAUGGUGCAUUGUUAGGUAUGGAAGUGGAUGACAUCAUGUCGAAGCAUUACUCCAAGGGUGCAGAGAACCCCAAGAAUCCCAGAACAAACGACAACAGAAACCUUCAAACCAACGACAACUUCAUCAUACCUGUAGGACAGUACAUUUGGAACAGCAUGAAGCGCGGAUCGUUUUCCCUCGGCACGAUUCCAAGCGCAAAACCACAGUUGUUGAUUGGUGGGCAAGGCAGCCUUGCUGGAAUGCCGGGAGGAUAUCCAACAGAGUGA